GGCCAAGGUGCUCCUCGGCGAUCAGGAAACGCGAAAGAUGGCGACUGCUCGGCGACGUUGAGGCCGCGUUAGGCGGUUCAGGCGCGGGGUGAUGGCAGGAGAGCUGGCUGACAAAAAGGACCGAGACACAUCACCCAAGGAGGAAAGGAAGCGAUCACGGACUCCUGAUAGAGAGCGAGAUAGAGACCGGGACCGGAAGUCCUCCCCUUCUAAAGAUCGGAAGCGGCAUCGGUCGCGGGAGAGGCGGAGAGGAGGUAGCCGUUCACGCUCUCGGUCCCGUUCCAAGUCUGCGGAGAGAGAACGACGCCACAAAGAACGAGAGCGAGAUAAAGAGCGGGACCGGAACAAGAAGGAGCGGGACCGAGACAAGGACGGGCACAGGCGGGACAAGGACCGCAAAAGACCCAGCUUGUCUCCUGGUCGGGGCAAAGAUUUCAAAUCUCGGAAGGACAGAGACUCCAAGAAGGGCGAUGAGGAUGAGCAUGGCGACAAGAAACCCAAGAUCCAGCCACUGUCCCUGGAGGAACUUCUGGCCAAGAAGAAGGCUGAGGAGGAAGCUGAGGCUAAGCCCAAGUUCCUCUCCAAAGCAGAGCGGGAGGCUGAGGCUCUGAAGCGGCGGCAGCAGGAGGUGGAAGAGCGCCAGAAGAUGCUGGAAGAAGAGAGGAAGAAAAGGAAACAGUUCCAGGAUUUGGGCCGGAAGAUGCUAGAAGAUCCUCAGGAACGAGAGCGUCGGGAGCGGCGAGAGAGGAUGGAGCGGGAGACCAAUGGGAACGAGGAUGAGGAGGGGCGGCAGAAGAUCCGGGAAGAGAAGGACAAGAGCAAGGAACUGCAUGCUAUUAAGGAGCGUUAUCUGGGUGGCAUCAAAAAACGGCGUCGAACCAGGCAUCUCAACGACAGAAAGUUUGUCUUUGAGUGGGACGCGUCCGAAGACACCUCCAUUGACUACAACCCCCUGUACAAAGAACGGCACCAGGUGCAGUUGUUGGGGCGAGGCUUCAUUGCAGGCAUUGACCUAAAGCAGCAGAAACGGGAACAGUCACGUUUCUAUGGAGACCUAAUGGAGAAGAGGCGAACCCUGGAAGAGAAGGAGCAGGAGGAGGCCAGGCUCCGUAAACUUCGUAAGAAGGAAGCCAAGCAACGCUGGGACGACCGCCAUUGGUCCCAGAAGAAGUUAGACGAGAUGACAGACCGCGACUGGCGGAUCUUCCGUGAGGACUACAGUAUCACCACCAAAGGUGGCAAGAUCCCCAACCCCAUCCGGUCCUGGAAAGAUUCGUCUCUGCCCCCGCACAUCCUGGAAGUCAUCGAUAAGUGUGGCUACAAGGAGCCGACACCUAUCCAGCGCCAGGCCAUCCCCAUUGGGCUGCAGAACCGUGACAUCAUUGGUGUGGCUGAGACUGGCAGUGGCAAGACGGCAGCCUUCCUCAUCCCGCUGCUGGUCUGGAUCACCACCCUCCCCAAGAUAGACAGGAUCGAAGAGUCAGACCAGGGCCCUUAUGCCAUCAUUCUGGCCCCCACCCGUGAGUUGGCUCAGCAGAUUGAGGAAGAAACCAUCAAAUUUGGAAAGCCACUAGGUAUCCGCACUGUGGCUGUCAUUGGUGGCAUCUCCAGAGAAGACCAAGGCUUCAGGCUACGCAUGGGCUGUGAGAUUGUGAUCGCCACCCCAGGACGUCUCAUUGAUGUGCUGGAGAACCGCUACCUGGUGCUGAGCCGCUGUACCUAUGUGGUUCUCGAUGAGGCAGACAGGAUGAUUGACAUGGGCUUUGAGCCAGACGUGCAGAAGAUCCUGGAACACAUGCCUGUCAGCAACCAGAAGCCGGACACAGAUGAGGCAGAGGACCCGGAGAAGAUGUUGGCCAACUUUGAGUCAGGAAAACAUAAAUACCGCCAAACAGUCAUGUUCACGGCUACUAUGCCCCCAGCGGUGGAGCGUCUAGCCAGGAGCUAUCUGCGGCGACCCGCCGUGGUGUACAUUGGCUCUGCAGGCAAGCCCCAUGAGCGAGUGGAACAGAAGGUCUUCCUCAUGUCAGAGUCCGAAAAGAGGAAAAAGCUGCUGGCAAUUUUGGAACAAGGUUUUGAUCCACCCAUCAUCAUUUUUGUCAACCAGAAGAAGGGUUGUGACGUGCUGGCCAAGUCUCUUGAGAAGAUGGGGUACAAUGCCUGCACACUGCAUGGUGGGAAAGGCCAGGAGCAGCGAGAAUUUGCAUUGUCCAACCUCAAGGCCGGAGCCAAGGACAUUUUGGUGGCUACAGAUGUGGCUGGUCGUGGUAUUGAUAUCCAAGAUGUGUCUAUGGUUGUCAACUAUGAUAUGGCCAAAAAUAUUGAAGAUUAUAUUCACCGGAUUGGCCGCACAGGAAGAGCGGGCAAGAGUGGCGUCGCCAUCACCUUCCUCACCAAAGAGGACUCAGCUGUGUUCUAUGAACUGAAGCAAGCUAUCCUAGAGAGCCCAGUGUCGUCUUGUCCUCCAGAGCUAGCAAACCACCCAGACGCCCAGCACAAGCCAGGCACCAUCCUCACCAAGAAGCGCAGGGAAGAGACCAUCUUUGCUUGACGCACUUGAUGGGGUUCAAAGACACUCUGAAGGGGGUGCUGUUCUUUUCAGCCCUCAGCUCUCUUCCCAGGCUCUCAUUCUUGGGUUUAGGAAACAGAUUCCCUGGUCUGGAAGCCUGUGAGGUGGGCUCCGUAGGGACAGGAAGAUGUGGUAGGAAGCAGGGGGACAUACUACGUCAGGUUUGGCCCACCUCUGCCCCUGCAGCAUUGCUGCUGUCCUGGUUACAGGGAGCUGCCUAGCACUGUCCCCCAGCUUGAACAAACACCUGACACCUGGAGGGGACUUCCUUCAGCACGUGUGACUGCACUGCAGUACCAUGUUGCCCUGACUGACCCAGGGGAUCUGGCAUCGUGGAUUGUGGACCUUGGACUCUGUCGCGCUGACAACAGGUUGAGCCUUUGGAGCUGUGCACAGCCCUAUGCCACAGGGUGCUGUGCACUCUAGGUGUCCCUCCCCAGGGAGUCUUUUUUAGAUAUGGGGACAGGUGAGUGACUGUGUCCAUCUUUAGGUCACUGAGUGAAAUUUUUGUUUUCUAUUCGCUGAGAAGAUAAGUUUGUAUGUUCUGAGAAUAAAUACAUGAAAUAUUAA